AUGUGCUUUGAAAAAACCAUACAUUCCAAAAGUGAAUAUGCACGAUCAUACAAAUUAAGAAGUAUAGGUGAAUCGUAAUUUUAGAUUCUGAGAGUGCCAAAAGUUUGGUAAUAAGUGAUGAAUGAUGUACAAUUGAAGGCGCUUGAUUUUUAAGAGAGAAAGAAAUGGAAAAUAGCUGUGAAUUAUUAAUUAGCAUAGGAAGCUAAGGCCACUCAUUAGAUGUUACAGAAAGAGAGGGAAGAAAUUGAGUAAUUUGGAAUUUGUAUUUCUUACUCAUUAUGUCAGAUGGUAUAAAAGGCAUUCAAUUAAAUGGGUAGUUAUUAAAUUAUAGGAUUAGACGUUGAGGAAUCUAAUUAGAAACCAAUAUAAAAGUAUUUGAAGACGAUGAAGGGUGAGAAUUAGGAUUUGGAUGAGUAGAGAUAUUAAGAUGCACUUCAAAAAGUGAAGAGGUACUUGUCAACAAAUAGAGAUAUCUACGUUUCCUUAGAAUCACUAUUUCCAGAUAUGCAAUAAACUUAUUCAGAAUCAAAUACUCAUGAUAUCCAUUCCAGUGAUAGGAGAAAGAUUAAACAGACAGUUGAAUUCGAUUUUAAGAAGAAAUAUGAGAAUCUUUAGGAGGCGUUGCAAUUGUUUGUGAAUAAGGAUAUUCCAUUAAAGGAGUCUUUUGAGAAGAGCGUAAUGAGUAUAGAGAGUUUUCCGACUUCUUUGGAAAUGAUAUACAAAUACAAAGUGAAAUUAUACUAUCAAGAACCUUGUUUGGAUCCAGAAUAUGAAGAAUUAUUAUAUAGAAUUGGUUGUACUCCUGAAUAGGUUUUGAAUGAUGGAGAAAAGAUGAUGAAAAAAAUGAAGAUAUUUUCAAGUAAUUAAGUUGUAGAACAAUAAUUACUUCCUUAGUUAGAAUUAAAAGAUCUGUUUCGAUACAAAUAUAAUUACAUAGAAAAAGAUUGCCAUUUUAUUUAACAGAAUGGAAAAUUCAUUCCAUUAAAUGCUGAAAGAUUUAAUUUGCAUUCUUAAUAGAUAACAAAAUCCAAUGACUUAGUCAAACAAUAUUUCAUAUAUUAUUAUCAGAAAUUCUAAGGGGACUUCAAUUAAGUUAGUUAAGCACUAUCGUCAAACACCGUCACAGCCAAUUUAUAUUUGUAUACCCCAAAUUUCUCAUUCCAUCAAACUCUAAAUUUAUAUUGCCUUAACAAUAUUAGAAGAAAUGCGAAUCUAUUAAAUACAUGUAGAAACCUCAAUAACAAACACCUCAAUACAAUAAUAUACUAAAUGAUUAUGAAUCACUAAUUUAAAAGAAACUACCAACCAAAAUACAACAUCUAAGAAUCACUUCCUUAGAAUGCAUUUAAAUAAUAUACGAAACCUGUCUUCAAAGAAUUACUAACUAAAAUCAAAUUUGAUGACCCCAUAUCAGUUAAGACUUCUGGAUAAGCUGAUUAUUCAAUGGUUGAAAGACUUUCAUUUUCUAAUUUGAAAGAGUUAGUCAAAUCUGCUAACAAUUCAAAAGGCCAUAUUGAAAAAAGAUACAAAAACAUAUAUGACAUAGCCAGAUAAGAUUGCUACCCUAUUGAAUAAAUUAAAAAAGAAAUUAGGAAAAAUUAUAAAUAAUAAUAAUUGGCAAACUAAAGAAUGUUCCCGAUGUCAACUAUGAAAUAUAAUUAACCGCAAACUUCUGGAAUACCAAUUAGUCAAUAUUAGCAAAAACCAACAACAAUUGAGAAUAUGAGCACCACUUAGAAUAUUUUAUUGUCAUCAUAGCAAACAUCUACACAAUAAACUGUGCCAAUAUAAACCUAAUAACCAUUGUAAACAGCGUAACCACCAUAAGCUCCUCCUCCUCCAGUAGCUUAACCAUAUAAUUCAUCUGGUACAUCAAGACCACGUAAAACAAAACCAGAAGUUCCUGCUUAAACUCCUUAAUAAGCUCCUCCAGUUGUUUAAUAACCAGCAUCUGCAAAGAAAACCAAUAGAAAAAAGGAUGAUUCAGUAGCUCAACAAGCUUCAGUAACAACUCCUGCCAAUGUUGAAACUUAGGAACCACCUAAACAAUCCAAAAGAACCAAAAAAUAAACUAAGGCCAACGAAAAAAAUAAACAAUAAUAACCAGAAGAUCGUAAAGAUGAUAGUGUUUGA